GUGCACGUGCCCUUGUUGCAAAAUAGCGGGAAAAUCGCAAUGGAAAUACGCAACUUUCGCAUAUUUAUUAACUCUAGAUAUAACUAAAAUGUGUUCGAACUUUACUAACAGAAUGAUGGAUUUAUGGAGUGAUUUUUGUAUUUUUUAAGUUGUAUUAAAAAUGUUGAAAAUGAAUGGAAAAAUAUCGUCGUUUUUGUUUAUUAUACAAAUCAUUGGUAUAGCAACAUCGAAUUUUGGAAAACGAGAAAUUUUGAACGAAACAAAAAGAUCGAUCUCUGUGAGAUCAAUAUCCAGUUUUAACAAGAAUUAUUACAGCGAAUCCAAUGUUACGCUGGAAAACGUGAAAUAUGAUUCGCGAAAUGUGUUCAGUCGAUAUAAGAGAAACGUACCGAUGAUGCUGUCACAAUAUUUUAGAGAAACCACAGUCACCGCAGGUGUCGAUGUGAAUUUACAAUGUGUAGUCAACGGCCCCCACCCAGCGAGGUUUAUUUGGGAGAGGGAUGGUAUUGUUAUAUCCUCGAAUACGGAUUCAAGAUACGCGAUCGGUCAAACGAUGACUCCGGAUGGUGGAGUAGUUACCCAGUUGAAUAUAUCUCACAUAAGAGUGGACGAUGGCGGUCGGUACGCAUGUGUAGCCCACCAUGGCGAGUCGGUUAUAAGUCAUGAAGACAGGAUCAAUGUUUAUGGUCCACCCUAUAUACGAACCUUACCUCCCAUCAAGGUACAAAGUGGGCAAACCGUGACUUUGAAAUGCCCAUACUAUGGAUAUCCUAUCAGAGAAAUCACGUGGGAAUACAGGGGUAAAGAGAUAACAUCGGAGCAGAAUCGCUACAAGCGAUCCGACAAAACCGAACUGAGCAUAGAAAUAUACGGUCGUAAGCCGAAAUUAAGAAAGCGCGAUGUAUCAAACACUGACGGGGUUUUAGUAAUAAAUAAAAUUAGCAAGGCGGAAAACGGAGCGUCGUACGCGUGUAUAGUUAGAAGUCCUUCUGGUGAAAUGGCCAAGCGUUCGUUUGAUCUGCAAGUCGUGGAGGCUCCUCAAUUGGAAGAUAUACUGCUGGCUCCUGAUCUGCAGGAAGGUCAAAUUGUACAGAUACAUUGCAAUUUGAAAAGCGGCGACUCGCCUGUGUAUUACUCGUGGUUGAAAGAUGGCAAGAAGAUACCGUCGCACUUGAAGAUAGUCGAGAGGAGUCUAGAAGUGUUCAGCGUGUUGAUAAUAAAGAAUGUAUCAUUAGACCACUGCGGCACCUACACCUGCGUGGCAGCGAACCAUGUUGCGAAGGUCAACAGGACCGUCAAUUUGUAUAUAAAAGUUGCACCAAAAUGGAGCGAAGAGCCACAGAACACGUCGCUCCUGCUGGGCCGGAAUGGUCACGUGUCUUGCAAGGCUAAUGGAUAUCCGCAACCACAGACACAUUGGUUGAAGAAAGAUGUGGUAUCAGAUACAUGGAGACCAGUGCUAGAAGUGGCUGGCGGUGGGGUCCUCAGUUUGUCCAAUGGAUCCCUGAUUUUCGACUCUGUUUCACUGUCGGAUGCUGGUUUAUACACUUGCCACGUGGAGAACGGUGUGGGUGAAGCGCUGAGCAAAACUGUAUGGAUUUCUGUUAAUAAACCAAUCACGUUUGACGUGUCAUCAAGAAACAUAACGGCUAAAUUGGGCCAGCAAGUGACGGUGGAGUGCGUGGCGAAAGGAGACGAUCCUAUUCGCGUGAUGUGGACGAGAAAUGGGAAACCAAUCAAUCCACUAACACAGAGGGUGAAGAUAUCAGAAAUGAAAACAGAAGAUGGCAUGACUAGUGUGCUGGAGCUGCUGCAGACUGAAGUCAGCGAUGGGGCCCUCUAUCAGUGCAAAGCUGGUAAUCCUUUUGGAGCUGAUGUGUAUACCGUGUACCUUACUAUACUUGAACCGCCUCUUCCUCCCAACGAUCUGUCAGUGGAUUCAGUGAAGAGUCGCUCAGUAAAGCUGUCCUGGUUGGACAGCGCGCGCUCCCUCGCCCAGUACUACACCUUGCAGAUAACCAGCACUCAAAGAUUAUCCUGGAACACUGCUAGGAGUGUUAAUGUGACGAGAUCGGAUGAUAUCCGCCACACAAUUGAGAUAGAGCAACUGCAAGCAGCGACGGGCUACUCAGCUAGAGUAGCCGGCGGGAACCAGGCCGACCUCAGCCCGUACAGCGCACCUGUAAGAUUCACUACAGCUGAAGAAGCUCCUUCUUCACCGCCAAUUGGAGUUCAGCUGGAACAAACCUCAUCACCUGGCGAACUCCUCGCUAGAUGGCUCCCUCCCCCAACCGAUACUCACAAUGGAUUGAUACUGGGAUAUAGGAUACGGGCAGUUCCACAGUUGAUUGGAAUGAAAGAAUCUCCAGAGAGCGGUGACAAAAUAAUCAAAACAACGUCCGUUUAUUCUAAACAAGAAACAAUAAUCACUGGUCUGCUGAAAGGAGUAAGGUACGCGAUAUCAGUAGCAGCUUUCAAUAGCGCUGGAAAUGGACCCUUUUCGAUUCCUCUAUUUGAAGAUACAAGGGAGGGAGCUCCCGAAGAAGGUCCGACAUCAGUAGAAUGUGGGGGGGUGACGUCAACAGCGCUGCGCGUGAGUUGGCAGCCAAUACCCCACCACAAACAGGCCGGCUCUCUCGUUGGUUACACCGUGCUGUAUGCUGCACAGGGUCGUCAAUGGCUCAACGCCAGCACACCAGUCACAGAAGUGCGCUUGCAAGGGCUGAAUAAGUAUACAAAUUACACAGUUAAAGUAGCUGGAUUUUCCAAUUACGGCGUUGGACCGUACUCAUUUCCUAUCGUGUGUUCCACUUUGCAGGAUGUACCAGAAGCGCCAGCAGAAAUCAAACUUCUUUCUCAAUCAUCAACAACACUGCUAGUCAGUUGGAAGCGACCGAAACAACCAAACGGGAAGUUGCUCCAUUAUACCGUUUAUUGCAAAUCCAGCGCAAGCAACGACGGACCCGAAUCUCAAAGAGUGGACGCGCAAGAGUCAACAUAUGAAGAGACUCAAGCCCUCGAACUGAAGGGACUUCAAGAGGGCAAGCAAUACGAUGUAUGGGUGACAGCCAGCACUGUUAUAGGCGAAGGGCCAGAAAGCAGAAGAGUUACUGAUGCUCCUCAGCAAAGAGUCGUAGCCGGUGUGGCAUCGCUCGGUGGUGAGGUGGUGGUACCAGUGCGAGGCUCGCUGGUGCUCUCGUGUCGGAGCGUGGGGGUGCCACCGCCGCGCACCGUGUGGUACCACAACCAUUAUAUCAUCACCCACCAUCCGAGAUAUACGAGGAAUAAGGACGACAGCUUACUUAUAAAAAACAUCGACCAAUCGCUUGGAGGAAACUACACCUGUUUAGCGAAAAACCUGUACGGUUCUGACUCAGUAGUGUACAGUAUAAAAGUCCUCCCCCUCCCCGACGCUCCGAGCUUGCGCGCCACUCCGUUUAAGGACUCCACACUCAUUGAGUGGGAUGAGUUAAAGACCAGUAACGAUACAUUGACUUAUGGGAUCAGCUACAACCUAACCUGGCGUGAAGGGGACGGUCCCUGGCAAGAAGCGUGGCCCAUGGCCCGGGAGAACCGCCUGCCCGGGGUGCAACAGCACACUCUCGCGGGGCUGAAGUGUGGGACCAAGUAUUCCGUGCGGGUCACCGCCACUGACAACGUGGGCACAUCUGCGCCUGCGCACGUUGAUGUUACUACUCUCGGUGGAGCACCCGUAUCCCCUCCCACCACUGACUGGUUGUGGAGCAACUCGUCCCACAUCUACAUACAACUCAGUGGGUGGGACGACGGCGGGUGUGACGUCACCAAGUGGGAUGUCGACUACAGACCGCUGGGCUCCAACAUGUGGCACAGAGCUGAUAAUAGAGCCAUCGUGGAUAUGAAUCUCCACUGGGGCUACGACUACUCGCUCCGGUCGGCGCCCGCCAACUACGCGGUGGGGUCGCUCGCGCCCGCCACGUGGUACCAGCUGCGUGUGACAGCCACUAAUGACGCUGGGUUCGCUACCACGCUGUACACGUAUGCUACCAAGGGCUUGGAUGGUGAGGAAAUCGGUCCGCCAUCAGACUUCCUGGAUCUCAACAUGUUGGUGAUAAUAUGCAGCUCCGUUCUUCUGGUUAUGUGUUUGCUGGCAUUCAUCUGUAUACUGUUUAAAAGACACAGGCAAACAUACUCUUCCCAAUAUCACCAUUCGAUCGCGGACGAAGCGAAGUCCCGCAACGAAAGCGUGGCGUCACAUUCCGAACAUAAAGAGAGAUACGCACACACACCCAGGAUUUAUACCUCGCCCGUUCAUCCGAGGAAACCUAGCAAAAAUGAAAUGUUCGAGAUAAGUCCUUACGCCGAAUUCGCUCUUGGAUUCCGUACAUUUGAUCACGUGGAAAACCAAGAUCUGCCUAGCAGACUCCCUGGAAGACCUAGGUUUGAUACUGAAACAAGUUUUCAGACACGUUCGGAAUCUGAUGACAGCGACAGUACUUCGAAAGCAACUGUAUCUGCCAUGUCUAGACGUCACUGCCGUACUCCACAUCACAGAUAAUAAAAUAAAUUAAAAAAUAUAUUAUAUACUGUUUUAUUAAAAUAUACCAUAUCAUAAGAAACUAAAGUUAAUAUAACAUUUAUAUUUAAUUUUAAGUCGAU